AUGGAGCCUGAAGCCAGAAGAGGAGAAAGGCCCACCUAUAGGAAGCCAUAUCCGGCUUAUAUCGAUCAAAUACCUCUAUCCCCGGGUUCUAAGGUGCCAAACUUCACCUUAUUCAACGGAGAGGAUCCCUAUGCUUCAUCAGUUGAGCACAUAGGCAGGUUCUCUGUCCAGUGCAUAGCCAUAGAGAACAAUCCUCUUUUGAAGUUGAGGCUUUUCGAGAAUUCUCUCUCUGGACAAGUUUUUACUCGGUACACCAACCUGCCAGCUAAUUCUGUUCAAACUUGGGAGCAGAUGGAAAGUGUUUUCCACGACUAUUAUUACAGGAUUCAACCAGAAGUCACCAUCAGUGACCUUGCUGCCCUCAAACAGAGUGAAGAUGAACCUGCUCAAGACUUCAUAACCAGGUUCAGGAAGCUCAAAAUGAAGUGCCGAAUCCUUAUGGAAGAAAGACACUUCAUCCAGAUGGCUCAAGCUGCCCUCAAGAUCUCUCUAAGAAAAAGAUUUGAUGGGAUGCUGUUUGGAGACCUGGCAGAACUGGCAGAUAAAGCAUCCAAGUAUGAGGAACUGCUUAGGGAAGAACAUCGGAAGAGGAACUCAUCCAAAGGCACGUAUUACAAGUCACCUUCCUCUUCAAUACAUCUGGUUCAGGUAGAAUCAAAAGAGGAAGCAGAAUGCUCAGAGGAGGGAGAAGUUGCGGUAGCAGAAAUGGCAACAUUGAAACAUCCCAUCAGCUGCAAGGUCCUUACUAAGCCAAAAAGGAUCAGAAGCCACCACCUUUCACAGGAGGGUUUGUUCCGAGCAAACCAACACAGAACAAGGAUACCCAAGCCAGAAGAGCUCAAGGGCAGGCAGUAUUGCAGGUGGCACAACUCUUGGAACCAUUCUACCAAUAGUUGUGUAGUUUUCAGAGAUGUUAUACAGGAAGGAAUAGCAGCAGGAAGGUUGAAACUGGCGGAGAAAUCUCCUUCAGUCACAACAGAUCCUUUUCCCCAACCACAAGUCAACAUGGUCAACUUAAAUUGGCCAGAACAGAAGAGAAACAGGCCAACGACAGAAGCCAAUUCCAGUAAAGGCAGAAUGGUUUCAAGAGAAACUAUUGAAAGGCCAAAACCAACUAUCUCAGCUGGAGUAGUGCUCUGCAGCAAGUGCAAAUGUGAAGCUGAGCUAGAAGUGGUCCUGGACAGGCAGAGUCAGCCCAUUCCGAGUGUUUUUGACAAGAUUGGAACCUCAUCCCGAGAUAGAGCCAGGCGAAAGGAGUAUCCCAGACCAACCCAGCACAGCAGGAGGAUGACAUAG